CAUCUCUCUCUCUCUCUCUCUCUCUCUCUCUCUCUCUCUCUCUCUCUCUUUGCUUUUCCAAUCCUUUCCAUUUUUAAUCUCUAUUAUUAUUAAUUAUUAAUAUUUAUUUCCAUUAUUAUUUGUUUUUAUUUAUCCAUCACCAAACUCUCAAUUCCUCAAAUCUCUUUCUAUUUUUCCGGAGGAUGUUUGUUUCUUGAGGAAAAAAAAGUCUUCUUUUUUUGUUUUUCUUUUUUUUUUUUUCUCUCUUCAACACCACACUUUCUCUCUCUCUUUUCUUUUGUUAAUUCUGAUGAGCUUUUCAGUUUCUUUCUUCUGUAGCAUACUAUAAAGAUCUAUACUAGAAACCCCAACUCAAUCUCAGUCCAAUAAUACAUGAUAUCUAUAUAUAUAUAGGAAAAAGAAAAAGACACCCACCAAUAAUGAAAGAAUCACAGCAGAAAUCUGUUCUCUUUGUUUUCAGAAUUCUGUUUGGUUGAAGUGGGUUUUUUCCACUUUGUUUUCUUUCUAACCCAAAAAGAAACAUUAAGACAGAGCGUUUUUUUUUUCCAUUUCUUUGGAAUAAAAUGCCUCAAAAAGAAGGGAUUUUCGAUGUACAUCUUUCUUUGAAUCGGAUUCCUGAUCUUUCUCUUCACAUAAGCCCUCCAAACAGUGCUCCUUCAUCAAUUUGCACCGGAACAACUAACGAAGGAGAGUCCGGUAAUUUCGAUGUAUGGCAAAGAGGAGACGAAGAAGAAGGUAACAACAAUCUAAAAUCUCAUAGUGACAGCUCCAUUAGAGCUAGUGAUCCACUUGCAGAUACCGAGCUCUCUCUCGCAAAUCCUUCAGCUUUGGAAGCUGAGAGUCCAUGGAGAAGGAACUACUUCAGCAGCAGAGAAGUAGUUGAUCCAGAAGUUCAACACAGACAUGUAAAUCAUGGGAUUUCCAUCCCCGAUGUAUCUGAAAAGCUCAAACCCAUCAAAGGAAUCCCAGUUUACAACGCUUACGGCUCUUUUCCUCCUUUUUCUUCAUCUUCAUCAUCGAGAAGGGAUUCCAAAUUCUGCUUCUAUGAAAUGCCACCAUAUUCAUCAUCUUCUUCUUCAGAAGCUCCUUUUCGGUCCUAUGGUUAUGGUACUUCUACUACUGGAGGUUUCGAGCACAUGCCGCCGAGGUUUAAUGGUAUAACCAUGGAAUCUCUCAGACCAAUUUCCCAACCGUUUCAGUAUUUGGAUCAUCUUCACCAGUACAACAACAACAACCACUAUGGGAUUGGUGCUGCAGCUUCGGAUUUCUCAAAUGGGUUUAGAUCCAGAUUCAUGCCCAAGUUUCAGAAUAAGAGGAAUAUGAGAGCUCCAAGAAUGCGUUGGACUAGCUCUCUCCAUGCUCGUUUUGUUCAUGCUGUUGAGCUCCUUGGCGGCCAUGAAAGAGCAACUCCAAAAUCAGUAUUGGAGCUAAUGGAUGUGAAAGACCUUACACUUGCUCAUGUAAAAAGCCAUUUACAGAUGUAUCGUACUGUUAAGAACACUGACAAACCUGUAGCUUCGUCAGAUGGGUCAGGAGAAGAUGAUAUUUUGUCCACAACAACAACAACAACACCACAGUAUGAAAAUGCAGAGUGCUUAUUAGUCAACCAUAGAGGAACUUCAACUUCAAAUAAUGGAACUUUAAAUUUGGAGCAUGAUUUGGUUCACUCCAAUUCUAACAAUCUUUGGACCAACUCUUCAAGUAAAGGAGCAUGGUUGCAAGCCAACUCAAGGGACUCAGAUGAGCUUAUGCCAGAAAUCCUAUCUUCUCGUCAGAGAACAACAAACCAAUUUGAGGGAAACAGUUGGGCACAAUCAAAAAGUUUUGUGGAAUCUUCAAACUUAGGGCAUGUGAAUCCAAGCUUGGAGUUCAGCUUAGGGAGACCUGAUUGGCACAACAAAGGAUCACAUGAUUGAUAUUGCUUAAGUCAGAUUUGAUUGAUCUCAGUUACUUCUAUUGCUUAAAGAAAAAGAAAAAAUAAUAUUAAAAAAAAAAAAAAAAAAACAUAUUUAUAUAUAGGUACAGUUUCUCUGAUCACGAAGGAAAAAGAAAGUCAGCUUAUUAUUUUCCAUGCAUGUCUCUGUAUAUUUCAACUUUCUUUUUUUGUUUUUUUGCUUUUCGUUUUUUUUUUUUCUUGGUUUCUAAUCUUUAAUUUGUCUAAAGCUGCUAUUGAUGGUAAGUUUGAUGUUAGUCACUGCGUUAAUGUCAUGAAUGAAAGAAAAAGUAGAAAAAAAGCUUGAAUCAGCUUUAUUGAUCAAUUACUUA